AUGGAAAGACUGACAAAACACAGCAUUGAGUGUUCAAGUUUCCUAGAUGACUGGGAAUGUAGAAGCCAGUUUGACAAAGAACAGGGAUCUCAGGAAGGUCAUUUCAGUCAAAUGAUAUUUGCUUCUGAAGAUAUGCCUGCUUUCAGUCAUGAUCCAUCUUUAAUUAUCCAUCAAAGAUUUACAAGUGAAGAACAAUCCUGUGAAUUUAAGAAAUGUGAGAAAUCCCUUAUAAAUGACUUGCAGCUCCCUGCAUAUCAGAGAAUUCAUAUUGGCAAGAAAUUCUAUGAAUACAAGGAAUAUGAGAAUGCCCUUGGUAGGGACUUUUACCUUACCCAGCAUCAGAGAAUUCAUACUGAUGAGAAACCCUUUGAAUGUAAAGAAUGUGGGAAGGAUUUUAGUUUUGUAUCAGUCCUUAUUCGACAUCAGCAAAUUCAUACUGGUGAAAAACCAUACAAAUGUAAAGAAUGUGGCAAGGCCUUUGGUAGUGGUGCAAACCUUGCUUACCAUCAGAGAAUUCAUACUGGUGAGAAACCUUAUGAAUGUAAGGAAUGUGGGAAGUCUUUUGGUAGUGGCUCAAACCUUAUUCACCAUAAGAGAAUUCAUACUGGUGAGAAACCCUAUGAAUGUAAGGAGUGUGGGAAAGCCUUUAGUUUUGGAUCAGGCCUUAUUCGACAUCAGAUAAUUCACAGUGGAGAAAAGCCUUAUGAGUGUAAAGAGUGUGGGAAGUCCUUUAGUUUUGAAUCAGCCCUUACUCGGCAUCACAGAAUUCACACAGGUGAGAAACCUUAUGAAUGUAAGGAUUGUGGGAAGGCCUUUGGUAGUGGUUCAAACCUUACUCAACAUCAGAGGAUUCAUACAGGUGAGAAGCCCUAUGAAUGUAAAGUAUGUGGAAUGUCCUUUAGUAGCGGUUCAGCCCUUACUCGGCAUCAGAGAAUUCAUACUGGUGAGAAACCAUACAUAUGUAAUGAAUGUAGGAAGGCUUUUAGUUUUGGAUCAGCUCUUACACGGCAUCAAAGAAUUCACACUGGUGAGAAACCUUAUGUAUGUAAGGAGUGUGGGAAGGCUUUUAAUAGUGGCUCAGAUCUCACUCAACAUCAAAGAAUUCACACUGGGGAGAAACCCUAUGAGUGUAAGGAAUGUGAGAAAGCCUUUAGAAGUGGUUCAAAACUUCUUCAGCAUCAGAGAAUGCAUACUGGUGAGAAACCAUAUGAAUGUAAAGAAUGCGAGAAGGCCUUUAGUAGUGGCUCAGACCUUACUCAACACCAGAGAAUUCAUACUGGUGAGAAACCAUAUGAAUGUAAGGAAUGUGGGAAGGCCUUUGCUAGUGGCUCAAAACUCAUUCAACACCAGAUAAUUCAUACUGAUGAAAAACCCUAUGAAUGUAAGGAAUGUGGAAAGUCUUUUAGUAGUGGCUCAGCACUUAAUAGGCACCAGAGAAUACACACUGGUGAGAAAUCCUACAAAUGUUAGGAAUGCGGGAAGGUUUUUAGUAAUGGUUCAAACCUUAUUCAACAUCAGAGAAUUCAUACAGGUGAGAAACCUUACAAAUGUAAGGAAUCUGGUAAACAUUUUGGAAAGAGUUCAGAUUUUGGGCAACAUAUGGAAACUCAUUCUGGUGAGUUCUGUGAACUGAAAACUCUAUGA